GGACAGCUGCGAGCCGGUCAUAUUUCCCACAGAUAUCACAUACUCUGCUGCAUGUUGUAGUUUGACACAAGAAGCUCGAUGUCUGUGGCAAAUGCGAAACACACUGUCCUGAAUCCGGUGAUCCCAUACACAGGGCCCAUACCUGGAGGCCUGCACCCUGGGGAGAUCAUAAUCAUCCAGGGCACUGUGGCCCCAGAUGCUGACAGGUUUCAGAUCGACCUGUCGAGCGGCUGCAGCACUAAGCCACGCUCUGAUGUCGCCCUCCACUUCAGCCCUCGUUUCAAAGGCUCGCCCUGCGUGGUGUGUAAUUCCCUGCUGCAGGAGAGCUGGGGCAAAGAGGAGACGCUGCAUCAGCUGCCUUACAAACGCGGUGCACCCUUUGAGACCAUCAUCUUGGUACAUGAAGACAUCUUCAAGGUGGCAGUAAAUGGUGCCCACCUGCUGGAAUACAAGCACAGAAUCCCACUGAACACGGUCAACAUGUUUUCUAUUUCUGGGAAAGUCAGGGUGCACGCUAUUGGCUAUAUCCCAAACUCAGCAAUAUAUUCAGAAUCAGGUGACCUGAGCCUCCCUUACAAAGGCAGUAUACUCAAAGGACUGAACCACGGGCAGCACAUCACAAUCAAAGGACAGGUCAGCAUGUAUCCUCACAGUUUCACUGUCAACCUCCGCAACAGCGGGACAGAGAACAUCGCUCUUCAUCUGAACCCCCGCAUGAAGUCCGGUGUGUUCAUCAGGAACUCAUACCUGGGUGAAUCCUGGGGUCAGGAGGAGCGGGAGCUGCCCUUCUUCCCCUUCUCUUCAGGGGAUUACUUUGAGAUACUUAUCCUCUGUCAGCCCCAUCAGUUCAAGCUGGCAGUGAACGGCUCACACUUGUUUGAGUUCAGACAUCGGGUGCAGGACCUGAGCAGCAUCGACCAGCUGGAGAUCAUGGGAGACCUGGAGCUCACCGACGUCAAACUGUGGUGACUCGGAACUCCAGACUCACACAAGCCAGCGUUACAGGUGCAUUUUGGUAAAUCAAUGCUACAUUAGCUUAGCCACAGUGACCCAGAUGAUGGAUGGAUGCUUAAAUCAAUCUGCAGGUCUCUGAUAUUAAGCUAGUCUAGCAUUUUUUUUGGUGAUGGAGGAUCAGGGAUACUGUAAGUCCUGCCAUGGACUAAAAGGUUGGUGUUUCCAGCUCUGGCUAGAAGACUGAUGCAUGAGAGUUAGCUGUGUUGGAGCGUCAGGCUGUGAGCCACCCUGACUGUUUACGGCUACAAGCUACAAACCUUGGUUCAUUUCUAUACUGUGUCUAGUGCAUCUCUGCUGUGAUACACCCUGUUUAGUGCACUGUACAUUUAAAAUGGAGAAUAUGUCUACAUGUUAAUAAACAUUUUAGCUCUGGCUUUGCUUAAAGGCCAAGACUGUCAGCAACUCUUAAAUAAAGAAUGAAACUGAAGGUUGCUUUUUUUAGCGAGGCCAAACUAAGAAUAUUGUACAACUAAUUUAAAAUCACUUCAAAACAUUUCUCAUAAAUAAUUAGUGAUCCUAAUUUAUUUAUUCCUAAAAUUUUAAGAUUAAUGUGCAGUUUUCAUCUACAAAUUUUAUAAAUGAAAUUGUCAUUUCAUUGAGUGUGCCUCUUUAGGACAUGCCCAUGUUAAUUUUUAUCAAUUAAAUCUUUUAUCAAGGCGGUAAUCCUCAGGAACAUCUCCAUGAUAACAUCUCCAUGCAUCUGACGUUUAAAUCAAAUGAAUAUGUAAUGGUGCAACAGAGUUCAAGCACAGUGCAGUACAGGGUCCGUUCAAGAAGAAACUAUUACAAUUAUCUACUGUAAUAAAUUACAUUUUGCAACCUUUAUGCAAGCUGUAGAUCAUAGAAUCACUGACCAUCUCCUGUCUCGCCGCUCCCCCGCUCAGUGCUGCAACGAUCCAUUCUGCUCCACAAAUGAAAAAAAAUUCCAGACUGAAAAAUGUUUUCCUUUUUCAAUGUCAUCGUUUUUGUUUUUUUCUCGCAUUGUUUGUUGUAAUUGUUGUAAAAUAUGUAUGAAAAAUC